AUGACGGCAAUGGAUCCAAACAGCGACAAGGAAGCCGUGACGAGCGUCAAGGAAACGACAGUCAGUCCCAGUGAGAGCCUGGAACUAGACGCAGCAUGGACAUAUCUCAACGAGCAUCGAGACACCAGUGCCGCCGUUAACCUGGAAGCCGUUAACCUCUCCUUACUCCGGAGGAAGAUUGACUGGCACAUUGUCCCCCUCAUGUUCCUCUGCUACACCUUGCAGUUCCUCGACAAGUACGCAGCAGUAAUGGGCCUCCCAGCCGACCUCCAUCUCAAAGGCAACGAGUUCUCAAACAUCGCGACUUUCCUUUUUGUCGGCCUUUUGUGUUUCGAGGUCCCCAACGUGUACCUCCUUCAACGCCUGCCCUCGGCCAAAUGGCUCGGCGCCAACGUCACUCUUUGGGGAAUUGCCACCGCCUGCGGCGCCGCUGCGCACUCGUACCGCACCAUUCUGGUGUCUCGCGUGUUCCUGGGCAUAUUCGAAGCCACAAUCGGCCCUUCCCUCAUGCUCAUCAGCAGCCAGUGGUAUACCAAAUCGGAAGCUGCGCCACGCUUCUCAUUUUGGUAUCUGGGACUGGGAGUAGGGCAGAUUAUUGGCGGCUUGGUGUCGUUUGGGUUCCAACAUGUUGUUCCCAGCGAGGGCAGACUGGCCGGGUGGAGGAUCAUGUUCGUUGUGUUGGGUGUAAUCACGGUAGUGGUUGGAUUGGCGGUUAUCUUGAUGUUGCCCGAUACCCCCAUGAAGGCGAAGUGGUUGAGUGAGAGAGAGAAGGUGGCCCUCUUGAAGCAUGUUAGUGUCAAUCAGACGGGGAUUGAGAAUACCAAAAAGGGAUUCAAGUGGAAAGAGGUGGUAGAGGCCGUGAUGGAUAUGCAGGUUUGGUUGCUGCUGUUAUCGGUUGUGUUGCUUUCGGUGUCAAGCGGCGUGGUGACCACCUACUCGGCCACUCUAAUCCGGAACCUCGGGUACGCCCCGAAGAAGGCUGCACUCAUGAACACUCCUUCUGGAGCUGUCAGUAUCUUCUUUACCCUGUUGGUUGGCUAUGGCAUUCGCACACAAUCCCAUCGCUGGGCGUGGAUCAUUGCUUGCAUCAUUCCUGCCAUCCUUGGUGGCGCCUUAAUGUCCUUCCUCCCGACCACCAACCGCUCCGGCAUUCUCGCAGGCAUCUACCUCGUCAACGCUGUCGUCGCCCCUCUCCCCAUCUUCUACAACUGGACUGUGUCCAAUAUCGCCGGAACCACCAAGCGUGCUUUUGCCGCCGCCAUCAUCAGCGGGUCAUUUUCGCUGGGGAAUAUCAUCGGUCCCCAAACAUUCAAGGCGAAGGAUGCUCCGGAGUAUAGACCCGCUAAGAUCGCGGUAAUGGCGACCCAGGCUGGCUGUGCCGUGACUACUUUUGCGUUGUUUCUGUGGUACGUGUGGAGGAAUAAGACGAGGGAUGCUGCGGAGAAGGUCAGGAAGGGGGAUGGAGGAGAGGGGGCAGAAGUUGGCGAGAUUGGUGAGAAGGAGGCAUGGAGUGGGCUAACGGACUGGGAGAACAAGAAGUUUCGGUAUGUGUACUAG